AUGGACGCUUUUGUACAGCGGCUGCCGCGCCCGAGGCCGCAGACCCCCUCGAGAUCUCCUACGAGGCCAUCGCCCCUUGGUGAAAGGGCUGCCAAGAAAGUCAAGGUGGAGAUCCAGGAUAGCGACUGUGACGAUGAUGAACAUGAUGUCAAAUCCGCCGACGAGGAUGCUGAUACCUCUGGACUUACUGUCAACGAAGUUUCUGAUGAGGACGACAAAGAUGAUCGCCGUGUCCGACAGACCGACAUCGAGAGUACUCUGCCGCCUAUUGAAGCAGAUAAGGAUGCAAUUGAGGAUGAUAUUUCGGACCCGGACGCGGCCAUCGAGUCACUCCAAAAAGUGAGAGAUCUUCCAGAAACUGAGAUCGCAAAGGAGAGCAACCCGGUCGAGGGUGUUGAGCUGGAAGAGUUCAGCUUAGGCGACACAUUUACCUUUGCCGAUGCUUCUGAAGAACACAUCACCACCAUUGAGGAAGCUUCUUCAUUGCUAAGUCUGGACGAGCUAAAAGACCUUGCUAGAGAGGCCAAAUUCCAGGGUCGAAACAAGGCCGACCUGGUAAGAGCGCUUUGCCGAACAGGCUAUCAGCAGACCGGUCUUUUUGCGCAUGGGCUUCAGAGAUCUGACAGCGGCGAAUCCCAGGCGGCUCGAGGCUUGACGAGAGAUCGCCAUGAUACGCCCGCACAGCUGAGCCGACAAGACUCAAAUCAGACACAACAUUUUCUGCAAAAGAUCAGAGACAUCACUGGACCAUGCAUCAGGCUUUCGCCGCUGACAUAUAAACUCUUCGAGAGGGUGCAUCUAGUCUUCUAUCGCUCCACCGAGUGGACUGAAAAGUCCCUCACGGCAAUCAUUCUCGCCAGUAUUGCACGGCGCAACUACCCCGAGUAUAUCGUUUGCCGAAGCUCAAAUAUCUUCGCUACUCGCAGACAUGUGCUCGAGUUCGAAUCAGCAAUCCGAAUGGAAGCCGAGGUUGAUCAGGUUCUGGAGUUCAAUGGGCCACCGGGCGAAGCAGGGUUUCGCAAAAUCGUGGACAUCUUUGAUCGAGUAUACCCUCGAUGGAAAGCCCUUUUGGCUGAAGAGGAGGAAAAGGAAAAGCGAGUGUAUGAGGAGGGCGAGGGCGCUUACCUGAGAAGAUUCACGCCUGUCCACUCAUAUACCCGUAUCGUUCACAAAGCUGCAUCUGUGUUUGGGCGGUUGAAGGAUCACAAGCGCGAGCAUCAAAUCCUCGCCGAGCUUCUGGAUCAGCAUCUGUUCCACCCAGCACGACGAGGCAGUUGGUACCAGCGCAAGGCCCUGCUCGAGGAGCAUUACAUGCAGGCACUCGACAGCAACGCUGUGGCUGCGGAUCCGGAGAUUCAGAAGAAGCACUGGAAGCGAAUCGCCGCGACCACAUGCGAAACUGGCCUUGAAGAUAAAGACUGCCAUCUGAUAUACCACUAUGAUUUGCAGAAGCGUCUCAUCAAGCUCGAGAAGCAACUGCGUAUACCUCGUCGUCUACAGCAUGAUUUCGGGCACGUUCGUCUUCAGAAGCCCAUAGAACACACGAUAGAGGGCAUUCAAUUGAAGAAAUAUGACCGACAAGGCAAAACCGGUCGUCAAGCAAGCACGAAAACAAUUUGGGUUGAUAAGUUACAAGACGGCGGCGAAUGCAGUGUUGAGGAGAUGUGCCUCAGCUGGUAUCGUAGCCAGGGGUUCAAGGGCUACCACGCUGAGGGAGGCAUCGUCCGCACUUUAUUCGCUUACCUAUUUUACGACAUUCUGUUUCUUUACAUUCCGAAUGUAUUUCAGACGGCAUAUCAGACAUGCCCGCUGGACCUUCACACUGACUCGUUCUACCCAACUCGCAUGUCUGAAAUCAACCAUCGGCUGGUCGAAAUUGCAAAUGGGGAGGCAGAAAGAAUCAUCCGCGAGGUUGAUGCCCGAGAACGCGAACGGCGGACCUGCGUCAUCGGUCUCAACUGGGAUUACGACGUCGAGGAUCUUGUCGAGCUUGUCGGGUGCUUCAACGGCGGCGCACUAGCCGCCCUCUGUAAGGUGAUGGCGCAAGAAUACCGGCAGCGGGGCGGAGGCUUGCCGGACCUGAUACUCUGGCGAACAGAGCCGGAAAAGGAAUGUAUGUUCGCCGAGGUCAAAAGUGCCAAUGAUCGGCUCAGCGACACGCAGAGAUUAUGGAUCCAUGUCCUUACGGGCGCAGGCGUGAGGGUGGUACUUUGCAACGCCGUGGCCAAGGAAGUCAGGGCAGUCGACUGA